AUGUUAGGCCAAGAUGGACCAGGGCCCGGUCCGCAACACAGGAGGGUAAUUAUUAUCGGAGGAGGGUUCGGGGGCGUUGCUAUGGCCUGCCAACUGAAAACAAAGCUGCGCUGUACCGACUUCUGUGUACUGGAACGCCAGUCGGGCAUAGGAGGCACCUGGUGGAUCAACACCUACCCGGGUAUAGCCUGUGACAUCCCUUCGCCGUUCUACUCCCUCUCAUUCGCCCAGAACCCGGACUGGUCGACCUUUUUCGCGCCAGGUCGGGAAAUCGGACAAUACAUCGAGAAAGUCGUCGAUGAUUUUGAACUACGAGACAAUAUUCACUUGAGUAUGGAAGUGGUUUCGUGCAAAUGGAACCCUCAAGUCCACCUUUGGGAGGUUACCUUUCGCCACCUGCUACAUGGCGUCGGUGAUCUCUCUGCCGCAGACCGAAAGCAUAUUGAAGAUACGAAAGGGCCAUCGUUUGUUUACUCGAGCGAGACAACGUGGACGUGCUCAGUCCUCGUCAGCGCCGUUGGAGGCCUCGUAGAGCCUGCUCCCUGGCCCGCCCACGUUCCCGGCAAGGAUAAGUUUCAAGGAGAUAUCAUACAUUCAGCAAGGUGGGACUCAAACGUUGACUUCCAUGGUAAGAACGUUGUUGUUGUGGGAACCGGUUGCAGUGCCGCUCAGCUUGUCCCUCGGUUGCUCUCGAGCGAUUAUGGGGCCAGCCAUGUUACGCAGCUCAUGAGAGAGCCUCCCUGGGUGCUGCCUCGCUUAACGCCUCCUUUAGGUGACAGCUUCUACAAAAGAUGGAGCCCAUUUCUCUGCAAAUACGUGCCAGGCUACAUGCGAAUUUUGAGAGCUCUUGUAGCCUUGACCGCUGAACUUGACUUUGGGCUAUUUGGUGCAGAGCGCUGGAGUAAGAGGAAGAGGGACAAUCUUCAGAGACAACUGCUCAAACAUAUGAGGGAAACGGUUCCUCCCAAAUAUCAUGACAUAUUGACACCUCACUACUCGAUCGGCUGCAAGCGACGUAUAUAUGACACAGCCUGGUUCCCUUGUUUACACGACUCCCGAAUGGAGCUUACAACUCUGGCGAUGAAAAGUGUUGAUGAAAAAGGCGUGAAUCUAGGUCUAGGUCCAAAAACCCAUCCAACAGAAAAGCACCCAGGAGUUGCCCGCAGCAUUCCUGCUGACAUCAUCAUUCUUGCCAAUGGAUUUGCCGUCAAUCGGUGGUUUCAUCCUCUCGAAGUCGUGGGGAGCAGGGGAACGACCUUGCAAGAGGAGUUUGAUAAGCGAGGAGGUCCACAGCUAUAUCGCGGAACCGCCCUUGACGGGUUUCCCAAUAUGUUUGUGCUCUUUGGCCCCAACAGCUUCACUGGGCAUAGUAGUGUCGUGCUCGGGCUAGAAAACCAAGUGACGCAGGCUGUCAAGCUGAUGCGUCCCAUCCUUUCUGGCGAAGCUCAAAAGGUAGAGGUCAUGAGGUCUGCUGUUGACAAGUAUAAUGCAGAGGUUCAGUCGGACUUGAAGAAAAUGGUAUGGAACGGCGGUGAUUGCCACAACUGGUAUGUGGAUGCUGACGGUCGAAACUCCAUGUCAUACCCGUGA